AUGGCCGAUUCCGAGCAGAAGCCCCAGGAGCAGCAGGCUCAGGCCGCCCAGGGGGACCAGCCCGCCGCCCCUGCCGGUCCCUCCAAGAGCGCUCUCAAGAAGGCUGAGAAGCAGGCCAAGAUGGCCGCCGAUAAGGCUGCAAAGGCCGCCAAACAGGCCUCCCUCCCCGUCGUUGGUGGCAAGAAGACGGACGACAUCAUCGGCAUCACCGUCUCCAAGAGCGAGGACUUCUCGGCUUGGUACCAGGAGGUCGUCCUCAAGGCCGAGAUGGUCGAGUACUACAACGAGAUUGCCGGCUUUUUCAUCUUGCGCCCCGCCUCCAUGUACAUCUGGAGCGCCAUUCGCAAGUGGUUCUCCGACAAGAUCGAGCUCAUGGGUGUCGAGGAGACGAGCUUCCCCAUUUUCCUGUCGUCCAAGUCGCUGGAGAAGGAGAAGGACCACGUCGAGGGAUUCGCCCCUGAGCUGGCCUGGGUCACCAAGGCUGGCGACAAGGACCUCGAGGUUCCCGUGGCCGUCCGCCCUACCUCCGAAGCCGUCAUGUACCCCUACUACUCCAAGUGGAUCCGAAGCCAUCGCGACCUCCCUCUCCGUCUGAACCAGUGGAACUCGGUCGUCCGCUGGGAAGCCAAGCAGACCACCCCCUUCCUGCGCACCAGGGAGUUCCUGUGGCAAGAGGGUCACACAGCGCAUCUGACGGAGGAGCUCGCCGGCAAGGAGGUUCUUGAGAUUCUCGAGCUCUACGCUGGCGUGUACGAGCAGCUCCUCGCUGUCCCCGUCGUUCGCGGAACCAAGACGGAGAACGAGAAGUUUGCUGGUGGUUUCUAUACUACCACCGUCGAGGGCUACAUCCCAUCCAACGGCCGUGGCAUCCAGGGUGCCACGUCUCACUGCUUGGGCCAGAACUUCAGCAAGAUGUUUGACAUUACUGUGGAGGACCCCGUCAACAAGGGCAACCACAUUCACGUCUGGCAAAACUCGUGGGGUCUGUCGACUCGUGUCAUCGGUGUCAUGGUCAUGAUCCACGGUGACGACAAGGGUCUUGUUCUGCCCCCUCGCAUCGCCAAGAUUCAGGCCAUUGUCAUCCCCGUAGGCAUCACGGCCAAGUUGGCCGCCGAGGACCGCAAGAAGCUCGAGGAGGGCGUCGAGGACAUCCGCCACACGCUGAAGAAGGCCGGUGUGCGCACCGAGUCCGACCACCGCGAGGGCUACACCCCCGCCUGGAAGUUCAACGACUGGGAGCUGCGCGGUGUGCCCCUGCGUCUCGAGUACGGUCCCAAGGACGCUGCCAAGGAGCAAGUCAGCUACGCUCGUCGCGACACUGGUGAGAAGGGCCAGAUCCCCAUCGCCGACCUGGCCACCAAGGUCCCCGAGCUGCUCGAGACGAUCCAGUCCGACCUCUACACCAAGGCUGAGAAGUCCUUCCGCGAGCACCGCCUCAAGCUGACCAACUGGGACGAGGUUGUCCCCGCUCUUGAUGCCAAGAACGUUGUCAUCAUUCCCUUCUGCCUCGACGGCAAGUGCGAGGACCGCAUCAAGGAGAUGACCACAAACUCGAGCCCUGAGAAUGAGGCUCUUCCCGAGGGCAAGCGUGCCCCCACAAUGGGCAUGAAGAGUCUCUGCAUUCCCUUUGAGCAGCCCGAGGGGCUCGUCGAGGGCGAGACCAAGUGUCUCAACCCCGAGUGCUCCAGUCACGCCAAGAAGUGGGUCAUGUUCGGCAGGAGCUACUAA